GCGCUCGUGCUGCACUACCACGGCUGGCUGGACUCCAGCGGCGAGGCUGCGGCCCGCUCCGGGCUCCCGCGGGUGGCGGACGAGAGCGGGGCGUUCCACGCCGUGUUCCCCGAAGGAGCCCACGACGUGGGCGCUCCCGCGGGCGUCUGGGCGCUGGCGCUGUGCGGCCUCGGCCUGCUCCUCCUGGGCGCCCUCUGCCUCUGCUGCGCCUGCCGGCGGGCACGGGCCCGGGAGGCGCCUCCCGGGGAGGGGCUCGCGGACGAGAGCAUCGAGUUCUCCGGGUGCGCCUCGCGGGGGCGCCACGAGGAGUCCUCGGACCUCGCUCUGCUCCGGCAUCUGGCACAAGCUCCACCAGCGCCGCCGCCAGCGCCGCCAGUGCCACCAGCCAAGGCUCGUGCAGCCCCUGCGCUGCGUUGCGCUGGCCACUGA